CAUGGAUAAAAGGUAGUGCAGCGGAGCAGAGGCAUUGGCAAUGGAGAAGCUUGCUUCUUCAACUGCAACUCUUCCCACUCAGCAAUUCCUCUUUCGACUUCACCACUCUCUCUUUCUUCCCACCUUCACCACCUUCCACCGAAACCCCACCCAUUCCCUCUCACACUUUUCUUGCCACACCAAACACCGUCGUUUUGAACCAUCCCCCAACAACCAGGACCAGUUGUGGGUCAGCGAACAAGAGUUAGAGUUAGAGUUAGAAUUGGAAGAAGGAGAAGAAGAAGAUUUGUAUUUGGACGAUGAUGACGACGACUCCUCGUUCUUGUCCCUCAGCGACAAGCCCGACAGGAACAUUCCCUUGCUCGACGAAUACGAGGCCGAGGAGCUCGACCUUGAUUCCGCUCCCGACCACAAAAGCGGUUAUGUUGCGUUACUUGGGAAGCCGAAUGUUGGGAAGAGUACGUUAGCGAACCAAAUGCUUGGCCAGAAGUUGUCAAUUGUUACAGAUAAACCUCAAACAACGAGGCAUCGGAUUCUGUGUAUUUGUUCUCGCUCUGAUUAUCAGAUGAUACUUUAUGACACGCCUGGUGUUCUGCAGAAGGAAAUGCACAUGCUAGACUCAAUGAUGAUGAAAAACGUCCGCAGUGCUGCAGUUAAUGCUGACUGUGUAUUGGUUCUUGUCGAUGCACGUAAAGCUCCUGAAAAAAUUGAUGAAGUGUUGGAAGAAGGCAUAGCAGAUCUCAAAGAUAAACCCCCCACAUUACUGAUUCUAAACAAGAAGGACCUUGUUAAACCUGGUGAACUUGCAAAGAAACUUGAGUGGUAUGAGAAAUUUACUGAUGUUGAUGAGGUUAUACCAGUUAGUGCCAAAUAUGGUCAGGGUGUUGAAGAUGUAAAGGACUGGAUACUGUCAAAGCUUCCCAAUGGACCAGCUUACUAUCCAAAGGAUAUAGUCAGUGAGCAUCCAGAAAGAUUCUUUGUAGCUGAAAUUGUUAGAGAAAAGAUUUUUAUGCAGUAUCGAAAUGAAAUUCCAUAUGCGUGUCAGGUAAAUGUUGUAAACUAUAAAGCUCGGCCUAAUGCAAAAGAUUACAUACAAGUAGAGAUUUUGGUUGAGAAAAACUCACAGAAGAUUAUCCUUAUUGGAAGAGAAGGAAAGGCUUUGAAACUGCUUGCAAUGGCUUCCCGCCUUGACGUUGAAGAUUUUCUACAGAAGAAAGUUUAUCUUGAGAUUGAAGUGAAGGUUAAAGAAAAUUGGCGACAAGAUGAAGGGCUUCUUAAGCACUAUGGUUAUGGGGGUCAGAUACGUGUUAUAUAACGUGAAGAUGCCAAAAAAAAAAAAAAACAUUCAGCAGACAUCUAACAUAAUAUGUAAGUUAAGAUCCCUUGCCACGGUUGCCAACAAAACAUAAUCUGUAUAUGAUUUUGGCUGACACUAACCAUCUUCUGUUCCUUGUAGGCAUGUCAAAUGAUCCCUAUUUGGUAAAUGUGAAUUAAAAAUAUGUUGAGUGGAAAAUUUAAGAUUUGGAAGCAAUUUUGACAUUAGCUAUUCUUCCCUUUUCCCUAUUACAUUUACAUUAAUUUUGUUUUAGGUUGAAUUGUAGGAAUGAGAGUAAGCAGUAAUGCUACUUAUUCUGUUAAGGAAAAGCAGUUGUUAGGGUUCGUCUAUUUAUUUUGAGAAUAGGAACUCUAGUUCAUGUAUAAACAGUGUAUGUAAACUGCGUUACUCAAUUGAAAUUGUAUGAUA